UCAAAACAAAUAUGGCGGCAUCGGGCGCGCUUGAACUUGUUCGUUUGACAAAUGUUGUUCAAAGCACGAAUUUGAGAGAAAUCUGGAAUUUCAACCAACGAAAUGUUUUCUGUUAGAAUUGUGGAUGCAGAUUUUUAUGUCACAAAGCCUACAGCAAGAUUAGAUGUUUUCUAUUCAGAAUUUCGUGAAGCAAAUGUAACUCGUGUGCCAGUUAUUCGUAUAUUUGGUUCAACUCCUAGUGGUCAAAAAACUUGUCUACAUGUCCAUCAAGUGUUUCCAUAUAUAUUUGUGCCUUAUGAUGGCACCCAACCUAGAGAAAAAUAUCUAAAACAGUUUGCAACCAGCGUAGAUUUUGCUAUUCAAGUUGCGUUGGGCAAGGCGACCUCGACCACCAAUCAUGUUUAUAAGACUGAAAUUGUCAGACGUAUGUAAGUAUAUACUAUAUAUAUUUCAAAAUAUUUUGCUAUACUACUUGUUCGAUUAACUGUAUAGCUGUUUUCAAUGUAUCUAUUAACUAUAUAUGUAACAAUAUAUCUACAAUUUUUAUUGCAAGAUCUGAACUAAAUUUCUUGUUGACAUUAGCCUGUGACAGCUAACUCUAACAUGAUGCUUGUGAUGUUACUCUGAGUGUAUAUCGACACCGGGCAAGCUUGAAAAAUAUGCCUGUCGACGGUGGGAAUCGAACCUACGACCUUUGGAAUACUAGCCCAAUGCUCCGCCAACUGAGCUACACGGCCAGGUCUACACUCAGAGUAACAUCACAAGCACAAUAUUCACCUGAGUACAUUACACCAACACAGAAAAAAUCAUAACUCUAACAAUAUUAUAUAGAGGAUUCCCAAUCCAUUAGGGUUGAAAAUCCUAGAAACUUAUAUAGAGGUUCUUGAAAGUCUUGGAAUUUUCUUUCAUUUUUCCAGACCCUUUUACGGUUAUCACAAGGAUGAACAAGAGUUUAUUAAGAUCCAGUUUUAUAACCCAAGAAUGGUUGCCAAGUAUGGUUACUUUUAUAGAAUAUAUUUCUGUUAAACAGUUAAUGUACAAUGUUUCCACCAUACUUUUUGUCUUACCCUGUUUAAUGCCAGAUAACUUUAUCUCUAGGGUUGUUGACUUGCUUCAAAAUGGUGCUAUUCUUAACAAAAUUUUUCAACCAUAUGAAUCCCACAUCCCAUACCUCUUACAGGUAUGUUACUUACUUUACUCUGUCUAAUGAAGACGAUCAUACCCAGUGGCGGAAAUUCACUUUUUCCGGUGCGGGGGCAAAGCCUCCUAAAUUUCCGACAAAACUUUCAAAUUUCCGACAUAACCCCCCCCUGCCCAUUUGCACUCGAAAAGACUGUUUUUAGCCCUCUUUUAGGUCAAAAUUUCCAAAAAUUCGGCAAUUUUCCAUGAAGGUGGGGGGGGGGGGGGCGACCGCCCCACCAAGAUUUCCGCCACUGAUCAUACCAUUUCAAUGGUGAAGUUGCUUUGCUCAUAACAACUGCAAUCUCUUUAUUCAUUAUUUCCAGUUUCUUAUUGACUUCAAUUUAUAUGGAAUGAAUCUCCUUCAUGCACGAAAGGUCCUUUUCAGAGGGUCGUCAGGAAUAGGUCAGUAUUUGAAUAUUGUAUGAAGUAUACAUUCCUAUUGGAUUCAGGCUUGCUUUGUAAGGGCAAAUGAAAUGCUAUCUCUUGGUAAUUUAUUCUCAUGUUUUUGUAGAAAAGAAAAAUUCCCGAAGUCAAACAAGUUCAUCUUAUGUCUCCUCGUGUAAUCCAAACGAUUCAAGUUCAUUUCACACAAGUGCCACGUCUUGGCAAUACUGGACUGAAAAUACCAUCCCGAGGUAUUAGUUGUGGUGUUAUGACUUUGUUUAUUCAAUCAAUACUCGCCUCAGCAGCUCGCGAGCCACUUUUUUGUUUUUAAUUCCCACAUUAUGACAUACAGAACUGUGUAUCUAUAACUGAACAGACAACAGCAAAAUCUUAUCUAUAUUUGUUAAGCUGUACACAUCUUAAAUCAUUAUGUAAUUCUUGCAGUGAUUUAUGUCUUGCCACUGAUAUUGCCAAAACCAGUCGUUGUGAACUAGAAGUAGAUGUGAUUGCUGAAGAUAUUUUAAAUCAACUGGAAAUUGGAAGUUAGUAAUGAUUAAACAACAUUAUGUACAUGUCUGUUUGAAUAAAAAAAAUCAAAGCAUGAUUUCUCCCAGAACCAAUGCCAUCAUAAUAAGACUGUGCUCUUAAUAUAGACUUAGCUUUUCUUGUCUUUGCAUUAAUGUGUUAUAACAGAUGAUGCGUCUUGUUAGAUGGUCCGUCUCAAUGUGGCCAGGGGUGAAACUAACCCCUUAGGGGGGUGUCUGGCAGAAUUGCUCUGCCAAAACUAAUGAUGCCCUGCAGCCUGUAGCACUAAUACAAUACGUCACUACGUGUAUAAUUGAACUGCCGAUGCCACUGUACAUGCAUACAAACUGCUUAUUGUUUGUUAGCUGUAAUAAGUUACUUAAUAACUCCACAUUCUAUCAUUUAAAAUUGUACUCAUAAUUCAUUUAUUUAAUUUUAUUGGAAUUUUUUGCAUUUUGAUUGCCCUUCCAAUUGGGAUGACUUGUACUUUGGGGGUGCCACACCCCUCCAUAGUGCCCUCAAGUUUCACCCCUGAAUGUGGCCAUUAAUUUUACCAACAGACUAUGUUUUGAUUUUGCAGCAAGUAUAGGUCGCAACCCAGGAAUUGCCGCCAUGUGGGAGGACGAGAAGCAACGCAGGCGUGAUCAUGGACAACCUUCACAAAUAUCCAUUCCCAUAUCACAAGGUUUAAUUAUUUCCUAACAGUAAUUUAAUUUUCUUGUUCCUAUGACAUCACUGACAACAAUCUGCUACUCUGAAAGCAACCAAUCAACUGAAUCAAGUUUGAUUUUUAGACAGAGGUGAAAUGAAGUUACUUAAUUCUGAGAGGGAAUUCAAAGGAAGAAUCCGUGAAAUAAUUCAGGAACGAAUUCAAAUGAUGUAAGUUUCCCAUUUUUGCAAUAGUUAGAUAUUUGCAAUACUUCAAUAUAUUGAGCAAUAUAUACAACAACAGCAACACAACAACAACAGAAGCAACAACAACAACAACAGAAGCAACAGCAACAACAACAACAACAACAACAACAACAGUAGCAACAUCAACAACAAUAGCAAUAACAACAACAACAGCAGCAGCAACAACAACUGCUUCAACCUAGCAACUUAGCACAGGUAGAGUUCACUUAUUUUUAUUUUUAAUUAGUCAAAGUCAACUUGAAAUCAUGGAAAAAUCUCUCUCACCUGAAGAGUUCCAAGAAUUCUCUCAAAGUAUUUUAUUAGAUGGGAAGGAACCUUAUAGUCAGUGUAUGAUUAGUCAAGGUACAGCCUUUCUUCUAGUUGCAUGAUAAACUGGCUCUCAUUUGUUAUAUGUUAUUUAUUGAUUUCAGGAACCAUUCUUAAAUUGUUAUUAAUAGAUGUUGAUGAGAAUAUCCCAGUUGUUGAUGAAUCUGUGAUUGAAGAUGUUCUUCAAGCAAGUCAGUCCCAGCCAAGCAGCUUGUGUAAGACAUUUUUAUCACUUUUAGCACAGUAUGUACGUAGCAAAUUUUUUAUGGCUCUUAAGUACUCAUUCCAUCAGCUCCUAAUUUCUAGCUGGACAAAUUGAUGAAGAAUUGGUUGCCAUAUUAUUGAGUUUGGCUGACGAUCCCAACGAUUCUGAACCUCAAGAAUGUAGCCCUACAGCAAACACAUCACAAAGUAAGAAAAUCCUUGAUUACCCAACCCCUAUAUAAUGCAGUUUUAUCUGGUUCUGAGUACAACAAAAAGUCUGUUGUCUUGAGUGGGAUCCAAAUACGCGAGUUCAAAUCUCGCUGGAGACAAUGCAUUUUUUGUUGUACUCUGCAGUGUCAGAACAAUAUGUUUUCAUAUCUUUGAGGAUGGUUCUGAAGUAGGAUUGGAUGUAUGUAAUUUUUUCAUGGUUAUAGGUAAUUAAUUGUUGUUCUUUCUUUGUUAGUGAUUGUGUCUGAGAAGACAGAGAGUGAUGAUGAAGAGGAAGAAUCAUUAAUUAUGUCUCAACCAGUCUGGAAUGACGAUGAUCAGAUCGAGGAUUGUGAGAGUGGCUCACAAAGGUAAGUUACAUUCUUGUACAUGGACAAGGGAUUCUGAGAAGGAAUCGUUUAACACCCUUGUCGGAUCAAUUACAUGUCGGAACACCCUUUGUCUGAUCAAUUGUGGUAUACGAACACAACCCUCCAUAAGUUAGCUCUGUUUCAAACUACCUCGUUCAUUGAUAAAUCCCGUUUUAUUUACCCAAGACAGCUGUAGUUCAUGAAUUGACACGAAUAAAAGGAAGUUUUUAAAGACGUGGAUUGACCGAUAAUCGGUAUCGGCAUCGGGUCGAAUAUAUACUUUAUUUAAACUGGAUAUAGCGGUCCAGUGAAGACCAUUUCCCAUUAGGUCAGUGUUACUAUAGCAGGAGACCAAAAUACUCUGAGCAAACCUGUGAUGUUUGAUGGAAACUAGAAACACUCUUGUGAGUUGUGACUGAGGUGAAACGUGACAACUGAUUAUCUAUUUUCAUCUUAUUCUUUAAAGCGCUGAAGAUGACGACGAAGAAGACUGGAAACCACAACGUAUUCCUCAACUUGAUGGGCCUGCUGAUGACGACGAACCGUCACUUAGCAACCAAAGCACCACUGCACGGACUAGCAAGAAAAAGAAAAUGGGUGGAAAUAAAGAAAUGAAAUCCGAUGAUGAUGAUGAUUUUCGAAUAAAAAAGAAACCAAAAAUUUCUGGAAAUCACAAAAAUAUUUCCAGGACAAAACGUGAACUGCCAAGAAGACCGAGGAAAACUGCUAUUGCGCAACUCAAUGUGCUAGGCGGGAAUUCCAAGCACCAGAAUAGGCACGAAAGUUGCACGAUUCUUUCCGAACCAGCUACGAACACUCACCGGUAUCGUCCGCCCGUUGGAUCGGAAAUAGCGAACUGGAAUGAAGGAAAAUUUCCGAAUUUGGAAUUAUUUCAUCAAUCAUCGAAACAGCGGACAACUGACAAAGAAUGUCUGGGUACUGGCGAAGUAGGGAAAAUAAGAAGUCUUGUUAAACACAAAAACGAAGAUCAUGAUAAGAACAAAGGAAAUAGCCAUGGACCAAAUUCCAAGAAUGAAGAUAUGACUAACAUAAAAUCAAGAACCUCCAAGAAAAUGAAAUAUAAUUUGUUACAUUUAGAAACAGAAUCCAGUGGGUCACAAACUUCUGAUUUUGAACUUCGUUUAAGUGACAGUUCCAGUGACGGUGAAGACUUUAAAUGUAAAAAAAAAGUUUCGAAAAUUACCGCAGGAGAUCUCAAACAUGAAAGUUUUCAUGUUGCGAAACAAUCGCCCGUUAAAUCCAGAUUGUCUAAGGAAGAUAACUCAAAAUAUAAAAAGUGCAAAACUAUAAAUACAGAAUUGUUAGACAAAGACGCAAAGUUGUGUUCUCUGAAAAGUACUAUUAUUUCUCAGAAUCGUAAAUCAAGUUCUAGUAACCAAACUAGGAUUUCGAAGAAAUCUUAUUCGAGCUCCCUUGAGCAUGGAUGUGAAAUAGGAGCACCUACCACAUCACCUCUCAAAUCAGGAAAUAGCUCAGCUAAACAUUCCUCGAAAGAUACAGAGAAAUCUAGGAAUGAUUUGGAAUCUCGGAAACGGAAAAGAACUAGAUCCAAGAAAGCUACUUGUUUGAUGUUUACUCAUGUAGAUAACCAGAAUAAAGCUGACAAGUUAAAUCUUUCUAAAACUGGCACGUCCCGCAAGUCAGAUAAAUGUAGCUUUGCAAAAACAGAUUAUGAUAAGCCAGAAAUGCGUUCCAAACUUUCUAUCACAAGUCAUGAUUUAACAAGUGGAAUAAAGGAGUGUCCUAGAAAUGAAAGAAAUAAUAUAGAAGAUAAGAAAGAAAAUGAAUGCUCGAUUCAUAGAAAUUCCAGAAAUAGUAAAGAAAUUAAGAAUGAAAACAAUAUUUCUAAAGACGUUGAGAAAGAAAAUCAAGUCAGUGUUUCUAGAAAUUCAGGAAAUAGAGAAGUGAAGAAUGAGAGCAAGUUCCGAGAAAACAGGAUUAUGCUUGAUGCUUGCAUUAGACUUGAGAAAAUUUCUGUGAAAGAAUUGAAAUCUAAGAACAAUAAAGCGAACGUUCUUGAGUAUUCCCCUCAGGAUGUGAAGGAUAUAGUCUCCCUCGCAGUCGAAAUGAAUGAUGAUACUCGGAACUCAAAGGAUUUUGUGAUAGAUGACAAGUUAGAUUCACUUUAUCAAAUGGCAACGUUGUCUCCAAGAAGUGUUACGAGUGAUGUACACUCUCCUCCACUGCCAUCAUCACCUUCACUGAAUUCACAUGAGCAGAGUUUAGACAAUUCCUUGUUCCCUGGAAAAGGUGACGGUUUAGAUAAAGAAAUAAAUAUGAGCAAGGGUUAUUCAAAGAAACACUUCAAUUCUCUGGUACCUUCUUUGAGUGAUAAAGAUAAACAAAAUGCAGAUACAAAGUUUACUCAUAACCAAAUUACCUUGGAUAAUGAUGUUGAUGCUGAUGUUUUUUCCAUGAAACCGACCACUGUAGAUUUUCCGAUAAAAUUUGUAAGCGAGGAAGAAGUCAAGAAUAUCGCGUGUCAAUCUGUGUCUGCUAGUAAGGAACAUAUUGGGAAAGAGUUCACAGCUUGUGCUAAUAGUUUUAAUGAUUCAUUAUCCCCAGGAAUAUCUGCAUCUAGUAAUGGUGAUGAAGCAGGGUCAUGUAUGGAUAUACGAGAACGAGAAGUGGAAAUAUGUAGGGACAUGGACAUAAUGUCCCCAGGAAUCUCCGCAGUUUGCGAUUCCUUCAGUUCUGAAGAACAGCCAGGAUUAGAUAUACAAGAAAUAUUAAAAGACAUUGAAAGUCCUGGUGUGUUUGGGGGGCAGGAGUCGUCAGGAGAAACAAACAUUGAUAUGAAUAGAGUUGUUAAAGAUGAUGAAAGUCCUUAUGUCUCCAAGGAUCAAAAUUUGCCUCGUGAAACGUAUAGCGAAUCCCAUCAUGAUUCUCAGAAAACUGACCAUACAAAAACGACGACGACAUUGCAUGAAGUAGAUGUUGAAGAUGAUUUAGUCGUAACGUUUUCUGAUAAACUUGAUACAUUGGAUACAGAUGGUAGUAUGGACAAGUGUCACUCAAUGCCACAGACCACUACCCAUUCCCACCACGAUUCUGAGAAAAAUAACCAUACCAAAAUGACGACAUCAUUGCAUAAGGUAGAUGAUGAAGAUGAUUUAGUCGUAACGUUUUCUGAUAAACUUGAUACAUUGGAUAAAGAUGGUAGUACGGACAAGUGUCACUCAAUGCCACAGACCACUAUCCAAUCCCACCACGAUUCUGAGAAAAAUGACCAUACCGAAAUGACGACAUCAUUGCAUAAGGUAGAUGAUGAAGAUGAUUUAGUCGUAACGUUUUCUGAUAAACUUGAUACAUUGGAUAAAGAUGAUAGUACGGACAAGUGUCACUCAAUGCCACAGACCACUAUCCAUUCCCACCACGAUUCUGAGAAAAAUGACCAUACCAAAAUGACGACAUCAUUGCAUAAGGUAGAUGAUGAAGAUGAUUUAGUCGUAACGUUUUCUGAUAAACUUGAUACAUUGGAUAAAGAUGGUAGUACGGACAAGUGUCACUCAAUGCCACAGACCACUGUCCAAUCCCACCACGAUUCUGAGAAAGAUGAUCAUUUUAAAAUGACAACAUCGUUACAUAAGGUCAAUGAUGAAAAUGAUUUAGUCGUAACGUUUUCUGAUAAACUUGAUACAUUUGAUAAAGAUGGUAGUAUGGACAAGUGUCACUCAAUGCCACAGACCACUAUCGAGUCCCACCACGAUUCUGAGAAAGAUGAUCAUUUUAAAAUGACAACAUCGUUACAUAAGGUCAAUGAUGAAAAUGAUUUAGUCGUAACGUUUUCUGAUAAACUUGAUACAUUUGAUAAAGAUGGUAGUAUGGACAAGUGUCACUCAAUGCCACAGACCACUAUCGAGUCCCACCACGAUUCUGAGAAAGAUGAUCAUUCUAAAAUCUGGAGACCAGCUACAGAGGCGCCAUCACCAAGCUAUGUCUUAGAAACACGACGUCUUUAUGGUCUGCCACAUGAACGACAUCAAAAAGCAUUUUGCAGCGACCCUAAAGACAUUCCUUCAGUAUCCAGGUUUGACAGAUAUGAUUGAAUACUGUAUAUUGUCGUGUUUACAGCUUGUUUUCUUCUUCUAACAAUUAUCUGUCUUUGUAGAGUCAUUGGUGGCCGUCGUUUACAAGUAUCUUCGUUAUCAGUGAGUUUCGCUUUAUAAAUAGACUAACUUUACUUCUUCUGGGUAGCUCCAUCAGUUCUAAACUGUUCUCCCUAGAGUUCCAGUAAGAGUCAUCUCUUAUUGAUCCAGUGUUACUACAGGAGGAAACCUACACUGGACUAACGGAACUUUAACUUGAUAGUUCUAUAAUUUCUGUUCUCCUUGCAGGUUGAUGAACUGCCUGAGUUUGACCUGGGUGGAAGUUUCCAAACCUUACAUGAAUUUCGUCGUCAGACGGGGGAUCACAUGGAUAACAGUUUACUUAGGGAUUGUCUGAGAUCCCUAGAUAUACAAAGUGGUAAUGAUGGAUAUAUAGGUGUACCUAGGGAACUGAAACUUGCAUUGAUGGGGGAUCACCAGGUGAUAAUAACCCCUGUCAUACUCCCCCCUUCACCCAAAGAUGUUCGGAAAUGGAUGAAAGAGAGACGGAGUGGUAACCAGCUGACAUCGCAGUCUCAAGAACCGGAAGUAGUUGGAAAUUAUAUUUCGCAAGGUUUGGAGAAGAAUACAUUUCCUGAUGAAGCUGAACUGUCAAAUAUUCCAAGGGGUGAAAAUUCUGAAAAAUCUCCCAAAGAUGAUAACACUGAAAUUCUAGUUUCUAGGGAAUCGUCAGUUGUCACUCAUUCACCAAAAUUGGCUGAUCGUACUCUUGAUUUACGAGAAAUUUCACAACCAACCCAAGGUGUCUCUCAAAGCAUUUCACGCGAUGUUCUGUUUGGUCCUCAGCAUAGUACGCCUGUUGGAAAUCCUAGAAUGAAAUCUCGGAAAUUCUGGCAGUGCACGCCCGUAGAAGGUGAUGAAGCGAAAUUGUUGCAACAAGAUUUGGAAUCGAAGAUUUCCAGUGAGGAAAAAUCUUGUAAGAUCAAGAGUUUGAGAAGAAAUAUAUUGAACAGUCAAGUAAAAGUAAGUCCAUCGACAUUGAAAUAUUGCCUGGUUUAUACAGACAUCAAUUAUCCGUCAUAGUAUGAACACAGAACAAACUCACCUAUCCUGGAGAAGAAUUAGACCGACACCUUUGGGACCUCAUAAAUAUAUCCGCUUAAAGGAUUAGUGUCAGGGUCAUGCAUUGCGGGCUUUUGUUAUUGUUUACAUUUUACUUAAAUACAACAAAUAGCGAUAAAAAUACCUUGUUUGGUACAUUUCUGAUAAAAAUCGCACAAAAAGAGCAAGUAUUAUAAAAGGAUGGUUUAAAUAUAUGACGGAUUGUAAAAACUUUCCAGAUCAUCUAAUCUAUUCGUCCUGAAAAAUGGCCGCCAGCAGGAGUUUGAGCCCGCGAAUUCCCGGUGUGACACUAAUCCUUUAAUUAAAGAAGAUGUCUGUUUAAUAGGGGUUAUAAUAAUCGUGUUUUAUUUACAUUGGGACCAGAAGUGUGUGUCCCCUUAAAAGGGAUGUCUGCCACAUAGGGAAGCGUUGACUAGCGCGAUCUGUACUGACAAUGGUGCUGCAACAAUUCAUUUCAUCUUGGUUUUGUGGCGAAAGUGCGCUGUGACUGCCAGUAACAAAGUAUUUUCUUCCCCUGUUCGUGUAACGACGCACGUAGUUCGUCUUGCUGGAUGCUUCGUCUGUUUGCCACGUUUUAUACCAACUCUCUUGGCAUCUGUCAAAUACAUUUGAAUAAUUUCAAUGCUUUUUUUCUUCAAAAUAGGAGUGUGAUUCACAAGACCACCAUCGGCCAUCAGCGGGUGAAGCUUCGUAUAUCGAGGGACCAACGCCAACCAAUAGUUUUGGAUUUAAAAUCUCACAACCAAAUAUUCAAGUUGCGAAAUCUGUCCGUCAGGUAGGUGGCCAUCCAAUUUCACAUAGAGUCUCACCUCCACAAUCCAGGUUGAAAAUCCAGGUUGAAAAUCCACGUGUAAAAUCCACGUGUAAAAAUCCACGUGUAAAACUCCACGAGUAAAAUCUACGUGUAAAAUCCACGUGUAAAAAUCCAGGUGUAAAAAUCCAGGUGUAAAAUUUUUCAAACUUGCUGCCUUGUAAUUCCGGUGCAGCGUUUUAACCAACUGAGCUACAGAGGCCAGUUGCUCAGCUCUAACCACAAGUCCAUGUACAUAGAAAUGUUGAGCAGAAAAUUUAAAACUAUUUUUCAGUUUCAUUUAUUUGCCUCCAAAUACACAUGCAACGAGAAGAAUUAACAUUGUUAUAUAGUUGGUGUCAAAGUUCAAUUUUUCUGUUUGCCGAUUGGUCAAAACCGUAUCACGUGCCGGUCCACAAAACGUCAUAAAACGUCAUGUUCGGCAACCGGUCCACAAGGGGUGGAAAAAAUAUUUUACUUUCUGGGACCGCAAGAAGAACAUUGAAAAUUUUCUGCAAAUAAUCAAGUAAAUUGACACUCGAUACUGUAACUGUGUGAUGCUAACAAGUUGUGAAAUUGGAUGUCAUGCUAUAUUUUACAAUUGGAUGUCAUGCAAUAUUUCAGUCCACUGAGAAUCUUAAAAAAUAGCAUAAAACUAGUUUAUAGAUAACAUGCAUUAAGGGUCUGAUCCUAAGGUAAAUACAGAUGCCAAAAGAGGCCACUAGUAGGGGGAUCCAUGCUCCUCCAGAAAAUCAGGUGUCCCAGAUUGGCUAAAAAUGCAUUUGCCAAACAACAUUUGUUACAUCAUUCCAUAUCAUUCCAUACAGUCUAUAGUCUAAUACAUUUAUACACAAUUGCACUAUUAAAAUGGAUGCACUUAUAAUUGCAUUUCCAAGGUCAUGGUUUUCCUCUGAAUUUCUCCUAUUAUCUAAAUUAUGACAAUUGUUUUCUUUCUUGGGGAAAUAUUUUCUGGGAGCUUAAAACAUUUUCUGGGACCAAUGGUCCCGUGGUCCGAUACUUUUUCCACCCCUGCGGUCCGCAAUCAAACAUUUAUUGACCGGUCAAUAAUAAAAUGGGUGCAAUAAGCAUGCGUGUCAACUAUGAAAUUCCAAAGUUCAUUUUUAAACUUUUUACUAAACAUUUACGGCGUUCCAUUUAUCCAGUUUUGGUUUCAAAUUAACUUCACUCCAAUAACCGGUGAAUUAUUCAUAAUUUGACACUUACAUACUAUAUAACAAAACACUUAUUUACUGAGACCUCGGGAAAGUAGUGUGUUUUGUGGCCCCUACACACUGUUUCCCUCGGUCUCAGUAAAUAAGUGAUAAUUAUUAUCUCACUCUGAUAACUACAAGUUGAGCGUCAUCUACUGCACUAGUGCUUCGUUCUAACCUACACUUUGUAUGACCAAUGAUUGGUUUCUUUCAUAGGUUCAAUUUCUGACCUUGCUGAGUGUAGAACUUCAUGUUCGGACUAGAAAGACUCUCUGUCCUGACCCAGAAUUUGACCCCAUAUGUGCGAUAUUUUACCACAUUGAACACGAGACAACACAAGGCAAGAAAUAUGAGACCGGAAUCAUUGUCGUACGGAACGAAUCUACAAAAUUGAGAAGCUGUGAUACAUCUAGUGUAUCUACGGUAAGUAAGGAUAAAAAUGGAUAAAAAGUGAUGAAUCAGAAAGUCCAUAAAUUCCUUUCACUUGAAUAGAUCGUAUAGGUUUUAAGUAAGCGGUGACGAACUUCAGAACUCCGGUAUACCCGACCUAUUAUGUAUCAGCUAUAUCAUAACUACUAUUUCUUCAAGGCUAAUACUUCAACUUCAAUGCCGGCCCCACAUCACGGCACAUCAAAUAAAACAUCUUAUGAAGACAGUCUACUCCGUCAUGCAGGAAUUUCUAAUGAACUCAACAUUUUAACUGAACAUCAAGAAACGGACGCUAUUAAUCGUUUUAUAAAACUUGUCCAUGAUUGGGACCCUGAUAUCUUACUGGGCUUUGAGGUUCAAAUGUUAUCAUGGGGUUAUUUAAUACAGCGCGCGAGUGCUCUUGGGAUUGAUCUAGCUCCACAGUUAUCUCGUGUCCAGGACAGUUCCGGUACAGCGCGGUUUAAUGCUGAGAAGGACCAAUGGGGGGCAAACCAUACGUCAGAGAUCUCAAUCACUGGGAGAAUUGUGCUUAAUGUAUGGAGGUUGAUGAGACAUGAGGUAAUGGUUUUAUUUAACCGGCGCGGUUUGUGUCUGAACUAGCUAAAAAAGAUAUCUCAAAUGUGGUGAUCCAGUGUAGGUAGUAUUCUACAACAAGCUGUCGUGGUUUGUGUCUGAACUACCUGAAAAAGAUAUCUCAAACGUGGUGAUCCAGUGUAGGUAGUAUUCUACAACAAGCUGUCGUGGUUUGUGUCUGAAGUACCUGAAAAAGAUAUCUCAAACGUUGUGGUCCAGUGUAGGUAAUAUUUUACAGUAAACUGUCGUGGUUAUUAUAUUCAUGCUUAUUUUCAGGUCACUUUGAAUGUGUACUCAUUUGAGAAUAUAUCGUACCAUGUACUUCACGAAAGGAUACCGCUGUACACGUACCGUCAACUCACACGAUGGUGGGACCACAAGUUACCUCACGACAGAUGGAGAACAGUGGAACAUUACAUCAUACGUUGUCAAGGCAACAUUAAGAUUUUGAAUCAUGUAGAUUUUAUAAAUAGGACUAGUGAGUUUGCAAGGCUGUUUGGGAUAUUAUUUUACAGCGUCAUUUCCCGAGGCUCUCAGGUGGGUUAACUCACGUUCGACCAAACACUGCAAGUUUUCUCCAGGUUCACUGGUUUCCUCUUGUAAUAACACUGGAUCAAUAAGAGAUGAUCCUUACUGGACCUCUAGGAAGAACAGUUUAGAACUGAUAGAACUAUCUACUAGAAAUAAAGUUAGUUUAGUUUAGGUUUCCUCCUGUAGUAACACUGGAUCAAUAAGAGAUGAUCCUUACUGGACCUCUAGGAAUAACAGUUUAGAAAUGAUAGAGCUAUCCAGUAUAAAUAAGUUAGUUUAAUUUAGGUUUCCUCCUGUAGUAACACUGCAUGAUCAAUAAGAGAUGGCCCUUACUGGACCUCUAGGGAGAACAGUUUAGAACUGAUAGAUCUAUCCAGUAUAAAUAAAGUUAGUUUAGUUUAUGUUUCGUCCUGUAGUACCACUGGAUCAAAAAGAGAUGAUCCUUACUGGAUCUCUGUGGAGCUAUCCAGUAUAAAUAACGUUAGUUCAGAUUUAGAACCGAUAUUUCUUCUAUAUUUAGUUUCGUGUUGAAUCCAUGAUGUUAAGGUUGGCCAAGCCAAUGAACUACCUAGCUGUCUCGCCGAGUAUUCAACAGAGGGCAAGGUACCUAUUCAGAAUUAGAACCCAGUCUUUCCGAGUGUGUCCACAUCAGUCAAACGAACUGACUUAACCUCAUAGCUCAGUUGGUAGAGCAUUGGACAAACCAAACAAAGGUUGCGGGUUGUAUUCCCACCGCGAUCUGGAAAAUGUUGACACACUUAGACAAACAAAAUCUUAAAUAAUGAUGCUUGUGAUGUUACUCUGAGUGUAUAUCCACACCGGGCAAGCUUGAAAAAUAUGCCUGGCCACGGUGGGAAUCGAACCUACGACCUUUGUAGGUUUGAUUCCCACCGUGGCCAGGCAUAUUUUUCAAGCUUGUCCGGUGUGGAUUUACACUCAAAGUAACAUCACAAGCAUCAUUCACCUGAGUACAUUAAAUCAUGUUAAAUAGUUUCACCUGAGCACAUACACCACAAUCAUUACAUUCUGGUAUCUAUUUGUUUUAUUAAGACUCCUUUAUUAAAUUCAUCUUCCUAGGAUGGACGCUCCUGAAUGUAUUCCUCUGGUAAUGGAACCAGAAUCUCGGUUUUAUUCCGACCCAGUGAUCGUUCUUGACUUCCAGUCUCUCUAUCCUUCUAUGAUGAUCGCCUACAAUUACUGUUUCUCUACGUGCCUGGGCAAGGUCUCAAGAUUAGAUAAGUAUGUGUUUAUUUGUAACUGGGUUUUACUGAGUAGGACAGAUCAACAGCUGGUGGUUUAAUAUCAGUGUAAGAAAGCAAUGUUAUAUCUUUUCAUAUGCAGUGGUUUUGUAUUAUUAUUAUUAUUAAACUGUAUUUAAAGAAGGUUAAUUUACAAGAAAUAUGCCAGUUUAGCAAAAGCUAUAAUCUUCCACUGGACCUUCUAAAAUUAACUAAAUAUCUGUACAGGACAAUUUACAUUCACAUUACAUACAUAAAUUAUUAAGACGAAGUAAGGCUACAUGAUAUAUCUAUAAGUACAACUAACUAUACUUAAUCUUCUAUACUAAGAGUCAUUUAUAAACAUGUCCAAAAACGGUUCAUGUGCUCUUCGCUUGAAUACAGGAAAUGAGCUCGAAGGUCGUAUCUUUGGUGGCAACAUAUUGUAAAAGUAUGCCCCACUAUAUUUAUGUAUUUGAAAGUAAAUAAACAGAAUUGAGAGAUGUCCAAUAAGUGUCAGCAAACAGAAACCAAGCAUUCUAAUGAAACGGCCAACUGGUGAAUAUAGAAUAAUCGAAUUUCGUGAUUUUUUUUUUCGUAGAAUUGGCAAUUUUGAUUUUGGUUGUACGUCACUAAAUGUGCCACCAGCUCUUCUCGAGGUAUGUUCAGCAGCUGUCUUACUCCACCCCGGAGACCUUCCACAUUUCUCAGUGAAGGCGAGGGAAAUCAUCAUGAAUGAUGGUUUGUAUUUUGCAGAAACUUGAAGACGACAUCCAUGUUAGUGCAAAUGGUUCUGCUUUUGUGAAGCCUAAUAUAAGAAAAGGAAUCUUACCUAGGUAAUCAAAUGAAAAUCGUUUUCAAGUAAUUCAGAGUUCGGACACAAACCACGGCGGUUUAAUGUAAUGUAAAAGUUUAGGUUAGGUAAAAAAUCUUCAGAACCAUUUUGUGUGAUGUUGUGUAUAAUCCAGGUGUUUUAAACUCAUUUAGAAUGGUUGAGGAGAUUUUGGACACACGUGUGAUGGUCAAGAAAGCAAUGAAAGAACACAAAAAUGAUAAGGUGUGAGAUAAUCUUUAUACCCAAGAAAAAAAAUUGACUAAUGUCUUCUAGAUCGUCCUACAAAGAGAGAAGAGUCUGUCGAGACUAAUAUAAAUAGAAAAUACAAGAAAAGUUGCUUUCCAUUAUUUGCUCGAGUGCAAUGACAAUACAAUUACUUGAACUUGAAGCUGACAGUGUGAUGCUAUUUAAGUUGAGUCAUUCCUGGUGUGCCCUCAUGCAAAUUCCGGAAUAUUUUUAUUAAAUGCAUCAUUUGUACAGAUCCUUGGACAACUGCUCGAUGCUCGUCAACUUGGUUUAAAGUUGAUUGCUAACGUCACUUAUGGGUAUACAUCUGCCAACUUCUCUGGACGAAUGCCCUGUGUUGAGGUACUCAGUUUAUUUGCGUUAUAUUUAACCCGUUAAGCCGCAAUGCACGCUAAUGAGCCCUUUUUCAAAAUUUGUAGAUUGCUGACGCCAUUGUUCGUAAAGCGCGGGAAACGUUAGAACGUGCGAUACAUCUGGUGAACUCUAAGAAAGAAUGGGGUGCACGAGUGGUAUAUGGGGAUACAGACAGCCUGUUCGUCCUGGUGAAAGGCGCCACAAAAGAAGAAGCAUUUCAGAUUGGCAAGGAGAUUGUUGACGCGGUUACUGCGGAAAACCCGAAACCUGUCAAACUAAAAUUUGAGAAGGUCAGUAAUUCAAACACGCGCUAGUUUUCCUUGUAUACAUGUUUCCGGCUGAAGUCAACCAGUCAUAAUGUAGCCUGAAAACAGACCUACGUUUCGCCCACCCUAAAAUUCGCGGGCGAAACGUAGGUCUGUUUUCAGGGUAGUCAUAAUGGAUAUAAGAGAACUAACAAAGAUACAUUUCUUGGUCGCUAGGUGUACCUCCCAUGCGUACUUCAGACUAAGAAGCGUUAUGUAGGUUACAUGUAUGAAACACUCGAGCAAAAAGAACCCGUAUUUGAUGCUAAAGGAAUUGAAACUGUACGACGAGAUACCUGCCCUGCGGUUGCCAAGGUAUUGUUACUUCAUGUGUUCACAUAGCAAUGUAUUUGCUCUGAAGAGUAGUUAGUAGUUUUGCUGUCUUAAAAGAGCCAUCAUAAUUCAUAACUAACUCACCCAUUAAGCCUGGUUUCCAUAUCCAGAUGAUCAAACUGAUUAUCAAUUUUCCAUUUGUAAUACAAAAUGACUGAAAAACGGCAAACUUCGCAAGGCUAUAUUAUCCGCAUUUUACAACAUUUCGCCACGAAACUUCGGAAUAUUACUAAUUUUGCGAUGCUCUUUCAAGCUGUGAUGAAAUUUUUGUCCAGGCAUAUCUAGAUCAAAAUUUCACUCAAAAAGGGAAAGGUCUACUGGGAGAGAACACAGGAGGGACUUAAGUCUAUUUACAUAAUUUUUGAAGUGCAUCAAGUCAAUCAUUCUCUUUCCCAUUUUCACUCGUGGUCAUUCAGUGUUUUAGCCCCCAGAGAAACUGGUAUUCAUUCAUCAGUUCAGUUAAUACACCCUUUCGAUAAUUACGUCACACAUACUUUUUGGUCUUGGAACCUCGCUCUCAUUAGUAAGUUACGCAAGGUGAUUGGCUUAUGAUUCAUGAGAGCGAGGCUCCCAGGUCAAAUAACGUAAUUAUCGAAAGGGUGUAUUGAGAGAGAACGCAGGAGAGACUAAAGUUUUGCCAAACAUUAAGAUAAUCUUGCCCUUCUUCCUAGAUCUUAGAGAAAUCUCUGAGGAUUUUGUUUGAAGAGAAAGAUAUAAGUUUAGUGAAGAAAUUUGUUCAGCGACAGUUACGAAAGUUGAUGGAAGAACGAGUUUCACUUCAAGAUUUCAUCUUUGCUAAAGAAUAUCGUGGCAUGAAAGGUUAUAAACCUACAGCUUGUGUUCCUGCUUUGGAACUUGCAAGGUAAACCUAAACUAAUUUUAUUUAUACUGGAUAGAUAUCUCCCUCAGUUCUAAACUGUUCUUCCUAGAGGUCCAGUAAGGAACAUCUCUUAUUAAUCCAGUGCUAUUGCAGGAGGAAACCUAAACUAAAUUAACUUUAUUUAUAUACUGGAUAUCUCUCUCAGUUCUAAGCUGUUCUAUUUAACUUUAUUUAUACUGUUUAUCAGUUUUGGACUGAAAGAUUAUUGAUCCAGUGUUUAGUGAUCCAGUGUUACUCCCAGUGUUACUAUGCAGUGUUACUACAGGAGGAAACUAGAGUAUCUUGCGAUCCACACAACUAAAUAAACUUGCACGCAUAAUUCAAUUGUUUUAUUUUUUAGACGUCAACUGUCUCGAGACCGUCGCGCAGAACCACGCGUGGGCGAGCGUGUCCCGUAUGUGGUAGUGAAUGGUAGUCCAGGAUUACCAUUGAUUCAGUUGGUGAGAAGGUAAGUAGAUGCGAUUUUCUUCUCCUGAUGUAUUGGAACGAGUGGAUGAGUUAGGAAUGUUUAGAUGAGGUUACAUAUACUCAGAGCUUUCGUAACUCAUUUACUCGUUCCCAUCCAUCAAAAGAAGAACAUCGUAAUAGAAAUCGAAGUGUAAACGGGCCUUAAGAAAUAUUUGAGGGAACUGACAAAGUGUUAAAGACUGAGUCAGUUUCCUCAAACAUUUCUUACAAAUCCUUCACAACUUAGAACCAUAGAUAUCUUAUAUACACUAGAUAGUGCAUCUAAUUAUUCUGCAAUUCAAAAAUUGAAGCCGUGAUUGCAGACUCAGGAUAUUCCCAUGAAAUGAGAAGACUCGUAUGUUUUCUAUUUCUUAAACAGGGAACUUAAACAUUAAGUUAAACCUAUUCCAAAUACAUUUUCAAACUAUUCAAAUGAUGAAAGUUAUUGUUGUUUUUUAAGCGUUUAUUAGCGAGUGGGAAACUCCAACAUGGCCGCCAUCUAUUCAAAUAUUCUUGGCUUCAAUUUUACUAAAAGAGAUGCGCUAUCUAGUUUAUAUAAGAUAUCUAUGCUUAGAACUGACCGAUGCAAAAUUCCUACUGUGAUCACAGAAACUUUGAUUGUGUAAACCAGGCAUAAGCAAUAUAUUCAUGAGAAAAACCAAACGCUGUGCUGUCAACAUAAAGUUGACUCACGCAGGAUUUGAACUCGCAUAUUCAGCGAAUCGGGCUGACGCUCCAAAUCCAUAUUUAAGCGCACGAGAUAUUCUUGCGACUUAUCAACAUACGUUAAGCACUUCACCAUUACCGAGUUCAAUAACCAGGCUUUAAAAUGUCUCUUCUAGCCCAGGUGAUGUGUUGGACGAUGCCAGUCUGCGUUUAAAUUCAUCUUAUUACAUCAACAAACAAAUUAUCCCACCAUUGAACCGCGUGUUUUCCUUGAUCGGAAUUGAUGUAUUCACAUGGUACACAGAACUACCCAGAUAUGUACCUCGUCAUCAUGUCAACACUGGGAAACAAAAGGCAAGGAAAGUUGAACGUUUUAGCAAAGUUCGUAAUCUAUUGUUUAUUCGUACAUGAUAGGGGAAUUUCGCGGUCGUGAAAUUGGCGCAUCAUCGUACUACGAAAAGUCAGGUAGCGAUAAAAAUCAUCGACAACACUUUGCUAGACGAAGCGAACUUGAAGAAGGUUUACCACGAAGUACAAAUUAUGAAACUGUUACAUCAUCCUCAUGUUGUUAAGGUUUAUUGUUUAUUCGUACAUGAUAGUGAGAAAAUAAUUUUCUUUUCAUUAUACAGGGUGUAUAAAAAAAAAGGUAAUCGAACUUCAGCGCGCUAUUAUACGUGAAUUACUCGGCGUAUGAACAAUUGGUUUUCAUAUUCGGAAAGAUAUUGGCUUCUAGCUAUUGAGUGACAUGCUUUUCAUCCCAAGUGGAGAAAAAAUAAGCAUGUACGUGGCCGAUUAAAAAUGUUAGUCAAAAUCGCAUAUUUUCACCUCUGUGCCUAAUUAAAACAAUGCAUAACAAAAGAAAAAGCAAUUAAUCACGAACGUGUCGUAGCUUAGCUAAGCUUUAUUCCUACUUAAUAAUAAUUAUGAAUAUGUGCGUCGUUUAUUGAAGUAAAAUUCAUCAACUUAAGUACCAAAGGGGAUUCAUUUUCAAUGGUUUUAGACACAACUCUCAACGGUGAAAAUAUGCGAUUCUGACUAACAUUUUUUAUCGGAUUCGUAUUUGCUCAUUUUUUAUCCAUUUGGCAUGAGGGAGAUAUCAUUCAACAGCUAAAAGCAUGAUCUUUCCGAAUGUGAAAAAAUCUCGUUCAUACUCAGAGUAAUUCAGAUACAAUAGCGCGCUGAAGUUCGAUUACCUUUUUUUUGAUACACCCUGUAUAUAGUCGUCUUAUAUUUGGUGGUAAAUAAAUAGAAGUGAGAAAUAAGAGCUGCUUCUACUAGUCGGGUCUGAAAAUUCUAUAUAAUCACAGAAUAAAGACACACAGAAGGUUGACUCAAAAGCGUAACUGCCUAUGGUAACUGCUAUCACGCCCAUCAUUCGUCAUCAAAAUGCUGACGCCAUGGUCCUAGCUAUAGCCAGUGCGCGUAUUCCCCCAUAGAAAUAAUAGACAAUAUUUCGUAUUUCAGAGUUCUAUAUCCCGAUUCUUCACGACACUUCACUGUCCAGUAUGUGAACAACUGACUCAACAAGGACUGUGUCGAGGUUGCCGUGACAACCCACAGAAAGCUGUCGUCAUCUUGGCCGAGAGAGUGGGAAACUGGGAACGAAAAUACAACCAUCUUACAGAGGUAGGAGAAUUGCCCUUGUUAGUGUUGGUUUGUUCCAUGAUUCUCAAUGUUGUGGUAGGUCUCGUAGGUAAACGUUACGGGCAUCAGAUGGUGUUCAAUGGUCAGAAAUGUUCACACUUUAAUACAGGAGGAAGAAAAUUAAAACGCGACUAACCCCAAAUAUGAUUUUUGGUUAUGUGUAAUAUUUGGGUCAUUCGAAGAAGAAAUGUAACAUAUCUUCACAAUAAAAAAUCCCAUCUUAAUCAACUUUUUCACUGUCAAAGUUUCCGGAUAUGAGGUCAUUAGGUGAAUUGCAAAUUAGUUUCCUUUCUUUUUUGUACCAAAAAUUCUCCUAAUGACAUCAUAUCCGUAAACUUUGACAGUGAAAAAGUUGAUCCAAUUGAGGUUUUUUACUAUAAAGAUAUAUUCCAUUUCUGUCGAAGGGUUGCAUUUUUUGCAGCUGCUCCCGGUCUGAAAUCUUAGUGAAACUCAUCUGUAACUUUGAUUUCUGUCCUGUAUCUUAGCGCUAAUAGUACAUGCAUUUUCUCCGCAGAUGUGUUUUCAAUGUUGCGGAACAAGAGAUGCGGCAAUGACAUGUAUAUCUCUGGAUUGUCCUGUCAUGUUUAAACGCAUCAAGAUGACAAGAAACUUGGAAUAUGGAGAAACAUUAAGAGAUGUACAGAAAGGAAUACAAGUGACAAACAGAUGAUUCCUUUGUGGAACAUAUGGGAGGUUUUUACAAUAACCAUUGACUUAGUAGAGAAUUGUAUUGUCUCACUGGGUAAUGAAAUUGUAUUGAAAACAGGCUACAAGCAUGUCGUGAAGAGCAAUGAAAAGAUACAUUGGAAGGUGAAUGGAUGAAAGCAGUAUCUUGACGGCUUAAACACGAUACACCAGAGUUAGAAACGGGACCAUUUGCAAGAGCUAUACUUUGCGUUUUAUGCAAAUGUGGAACGUUUCCCAAUUACGUUUUUGUAAAGACGUGUAAAAAUGGCAAUCGAUCAUGAAAAAAUACAACAUGUAAAAAUCUACGAUGUAUAAAUCUGAUAGAUCAAGAUGUGUAAAUCUACGAAAUCUAAGAUCUAUGUCUGCUACUUCGUUUUUAUGAAACAUAUUCAAGGGAACAAAACGACUAUUUUCGCGACAUUAACCGUCAAUGACAAUGUAUUGAGCAAUUUAUUAAGUCUAACUUUAAGAACUCAUUUGUGGCAUAGUGCAUACUUAUAAUGCAAUAAAUAUAUGACGAGUUCAAACAGUUUUGACACACCAUAAUUACUUAACUGUUCGCGUUGGUUGUGAAAGAAUGACAAUUAUAUUGUUUAUAUAGUGAAAGGCAUCUCCAUUUUUAAGACAAUUAUUUUGCAUCCAACAGUUUAAUAUGAAUAUUGCAUGUUCUCCAUAUACUGUAAUGUUGGUUUUCCAAAUGAAACAAUUAAAUCAUCUGCUGGAAAAUUGUUUUCUGAUGCGCUGAAAAAAAUUCUUCAUGCCAGUGUUCGUGCAUUGUGAAUUUCUAUCAGUACUGCCACAACAACUCCAAAUCGAUCUCUUUCUGGCGCAUGGCCAGCCAGGCCAGCGAACACAUACAAUCAUCAGCAUGAAAUGCAAAUAUUCCAGUAUGCCCAUUCACUGGGGGUAGACCUGAAACUUUUGUGGCACCUUCCCAGCGUGCACCUUCCAGCCGCUCUGCAACCAUGUCAUUCUUCGCUUUUGCUUUCCCCCCAGUCUCUCCUUUCUUUGAACUUGAUAUCUCGUGAAUGACAGGAUCAAGAAAAUUCAAACAUAUUUCUCAAUUCUAUUUGCUUCCAGAUACAAAAUUAAUACAUGUAAUGAAAACGUUAUUUUCUCACUCUGAUAACUACCAGUUAAACUAAAAAUUUAGACAUCGAUGUUCUCCUAUUUUUUCCACCAAGGAGCUGCCCCUGUCCUCAUAAACUUUUAAAAUUACAAACCCACAUUUUGUGUUUUGAUUACUGUCAAGGUUUGCUGUAAACCAAAUCAAAAAAUAAUAUAAAACUCCAGAAAUUACAAUUUUUAUUCCUUACAUUUUGCUAUUGAAUAUCUAUUGAUACAAAAUGAUAAAACUUUCUAGUAAAGAUAACAUAGUCCCAUUUUGUGCAAUUGACUUGUUCUUCACAUUGUGACCCAAACAUAUCUGACCAAUUGUGCCAUUUUCCCAGAGUAACGUUUGCCUUAAUGUUUAGUAUAUGUUUAUGGUUAUAUAUUAUUCUGAGAAAAAUUAUUCUUUGGAAAUCCCAGUGUUGUUUCUUCCAGAUCAUUUUUUGCCAGCUUUUGAACAUUUUGAGUCAACAUCAGUACUUCCACAGCAGCUCCAAAUUGAGCCAUCUCGGUAACAUGGCCAACCACCCAUCCCGCACAGACAGUCAUCCAUGUGGUAUCCAAAGAUCCCGGUGUGGCCAUUAACUGGCGGCAAUCCUUCGCGUUUUUUUGCUGCCUCCCAAACUUCUCCUUUCAAUCGUCUUUCCACUUCAGCCUUUGAAGCUUUAGUUGCCAUGGUGUGCUACAAGUAAUGCAGCAGAUGUUGGUCAACUAGU